AUGGAGAAACUAGCUUCGUCGUCUAAUGAAGUUGUGACGAAGCUUGUUGAAAUGGGUUUUGAAAAGUUGGAUGCUUUAGAGGCUGUGAAAGCUGUAGGUGAGUCAUGUGAUGACGCUGUGGAGUAUAUUCUCAAGGGACAUCACAGGACCGGUGGUUUUAAGCCGGCUAGUUCACUGUGCCCUGCAAAGAAUAAUAAGACCAUUGGCAAAAGACGAGCUUUGCCAUCUUCGUUUUCUUCGGAUUCAAUGCGACAAUCGAGUUUGCUUGACCAUUUUAAAUCCAUGAACCAGAACAAGAAAGUAGGAGAUAGCUUUGGGACCGCAGUAGUGGAUUCUCAGUUGCCUGAUCCUUCAGAAGAGAUGAUAAAGUCUUUUGCUCCAGUGUUUUCUGAAGAAAAGUUCACAAAUGGUUGCUCAGAGGCUUCAUCAUCAACGUGGGAGAGAAGAGUUAACUCUAUACUACAGAACCGGUUUGGUAUUUCAUCACUGAAAAGUUUCCAAAGGGAAGCUUUGUCAAUGUGGGUGGCUCACCAAGACUGUCUUGUUUUGGCUGCAACAGGAUCUGGGAAAUCUCUUUGCUUUCAGAUUCCAGCAUUGUUGACUGGAAAGGUUGUUGUGGUAAUUUCACCUUUGAUAAGCCUGAUGCAUGAUCAGUGCCUGAAGCUAUCAAGUCACAGAGUCUCUGCUUGUUUUCUUGGGUCAGGCCAACUCGAUAAUCGCAUAGAAGAGAAAGCAAUGCAGGGAAUGUAUCAGAUCAUAUAUGUUUGCCCUGAGACAGUCGUUAGACUGAUUAAGCCACUCCAGAAGCUCGCCAAGACUCGUGGAAUUGCUCUUUUUGCAAUAGAUGAAGCUCAUUGUGUAUCAAAGUGGGGGCAUGAUUUUCGUCCUCACUACAGGAAAUUAUCUGUGUUGCGGGAAAAAUUCUGUGCUAGCAAUUUGGAUUUCUUGGAAUAUGAUGUGCCGAUAAUGGCAUUGACUGCAACAGCCACAGAUCACGUACGAGAAGAUAUUCUUGAGUCACUUCACCUCUCAAAGGAUACAAAAACUGUGCUUACUUCAUUUUUCAGGCCAAAUCUGCAAUUCUCAGUUAAACAUAGUCGAACCAAGUUUGCAUCUUCAUAUGCGAAGGACUUCCAAAACUUAGUUGACUUAUACUCUGAUACGAGAAAGGCUACCGGGAAAAAGCUAGCAGUGAUCUCAAGAGAGUCAGAGGAGCAGACUGAUUUUUGUUAUCACGAUGCUGAAAACAUUCACGAGACAGAUUACGAUGAUGAUGAAGAGGAUCCAGAAGACUCUUUGGCAAAGAAAAACAGUUCAAAUGGGGAAAAAAUGUCGGAAGAGUAUCUGGAAGAUGAAACAGACAUCUUCCAGAGUUUUGAUGAUUGGGAUGUUGCUUGUGGCGAGUUCUGUGCAACGUCUCCUUGUGAAAUCCUGGAUAUACCUGUCCCUUCCGAAAAGCAGACACCUGAUGAUUCUGGACACAAACAUAGUCUCCGGCAAAAGGAUCUUGAAGGACCGACAAUCAUUUACGUUCCUACAAGGAAAGAGAGUGUCAACAUUGCAAAAUAUCUCUGUGGUGUUGGACUGAAGGCUGCAGCUUAUAAUGCAUCGUUGCCAAAAAAAAAACUCAGACAAGUUCACCAGGAAUUUCAUGAAGAUAAGCUGCACGUUGUUGUUGCCACAAUUGCAUUUGGAAUGGGAAUUGACAAGAAAAAUGUCCGGAAAAUCAUCCAUUAUGGUUGGCCACAGAGUUUGGAAGCAUACUACCAAGAAGCAGGUAGAGCUGGAAGAGAUGGUGAAUUGGCUGAGUGCGUACUCUAUGCUGAUCUAUCGAGAGUACCAACGCUUUUGCCAAGCCGUAGGAGCAAAGAACAGACAGAGCAAGCAUACAAAAUGCUAUCGGACUGUUUCAGAUACGGAAUGAACACUUCACAAUGUCGAGUGAAAAUACUCGUGGAGUACUUUGGGGAGGAUUUUAGCUCCAAAAAGUGUAACUUAUGUGAUGUUUGCACUGAAGGACCUCCGGAGCAAGUAAAUGUACGAGAGGAAGCUAAUCUUUUGUUUCAAGCAAUCGCUGCUUUUCAUGUAGAGAAUAGCUCUGAGUACGCAUCAUCAUAUGAAGAUUAUGGACUCGGCAACACCAAACAGAAGACAUUCUCACACAAGCCGAAUCUUCUCUUCUUCAUCAGUAGAGUCAAGGAACAUUCCCCAAAGUUCAUGGAAACAGAUCGUCUUUGGUGGAAAGGUCUUGCCCGUAUCAUGGAAGCUAAAGGAUACAUCAAACAGAUCGAUAGCAAGGCUCGUCGAGUUGAGAUCACGUUUAUAGAACCAACAGAGAAAGGGAAGAAGCAACUUGGUUUCCAAGACGAUACGCCGCUCUAUGUAUAUCCAGAAGCCGACAUGCUGGUUUCGUUGGAACAACAGAGAACAUACAGUGGCUUCUCUGACUGGGGAAAAGGAUGGGCGGAUCCUGAGAUCCGACGACAGCGUUUAGAGACAAUGAAACGUCCAAGAGAAAGGAAACCCCGAAGAGAACGAUCACGACAACAACGUCCUUUCAAGUUACGAAAGAAAGUUCCAUAG